UCAGGAGGCGGGAUUUAAUUUGUGAUUGAUUCGGAAACUCGCGUAUCCGAAACCAAAGAGAGGCAUUUCGGAACUGUUGUGUUCAAAGACUGGUGUGGUUCAAACAUGCAAGUAAAUGCUUCUGGAUAGCAUGCAACGAGUCAGAAAAAGGAAGGAAAUGGAGACGAGCUGACUGUGCUAACGCAAAAAAAAAAAAAAAAAAAAACUGUAAAUAGCAUAUUUCAUCCUGAACGCGACGUUUUUAGCCCACAUAACGGCAGUUUUCAAAUGUAAAUACACUAAUUUGUAGCGGAGCUGGUGUUUGUGGCCAAUGGCGCGGUCUGUUUUGCAUAAUGAAAUACUCGAUGGCGGUAGACCUGUAGUUUCGACAGUGAAAAGCAGCCGCACAGCAAUGCUAGGUUAGCGUGGACAGAGUGAUCGAGAGAGAGAGAGAGCGAAUCACCAGGGCAGCAUGGCAGCUUUGAGCUCCCGCUGCUGCUUCUCCCUGGGCUUCCUGGUGGGUACCUGCACCCUCUACUUCUUCAUGACUCAGGUGUGGUUCGAGAGGAAAUUCAGCCUGCAGCUCGACAGCCAGGUCCUCUCCACAGCAGGACAGUGGGGAGGAGAGAACCAGAGCUGGAGAGUGGAUGGAUCAGCGCUCAUCAGUCUCCGGCACCCACACCUCCAAGGGGAGGACAGCCGUGUGGCGGACCAGCUCUACAAGAAGGUCCGCAUUCUCUGCUGGGUCAUGACCGGCCCAGACAACUUGGAGACCAAAGCCCGCCACGUGAAGGCCACGUGGAGCCGGCACUGCAACAUGGUGAUCUUCAUGAGCUCCCGCGAGGACCCAGACUUCCCUACAGUGGGGCUGGGCACCAAGGAGGGGCGUGAUCAGCUGUACUGGAAAACCAUCCGAGCCUUCCAGUACGUGGAGCAGCACCACUCCCACCAGGCCGACUGGUUCCUCAAGGCGGACGACGACACCUUCGUGGUGAUCGAUAACCUCCGCUGGAUCCUCUCCAACUACACCGCCGACGAGCCCAUCUACUUCGGCAAGCGCUUCAAGCCCUACACCAAGCAGGGCUACAUGAGCGGCGGGGCGGGCUACGUGCUGAGCAGGGAGGCGCUGCGUCGCUUUGUGGAGGGCUUCCGCACCAAGGCGUGCACACACACCACCUCGGUGGAGGACCUGGCCCUGGGGCAGUGCCUGGAGAAGAUGGGCGUGCUGGCCGGAGACUCGCGGGACUCCAUACACCGGGAGACCUUCCACCCCUUCGUCCCCGAACACCACCUCACCAUGAAAUUCGCCAAGAGCUUCUGGUACUGGAACUACUGCUACUACCCCAUCGUGGAGGGUCCUCAGUGCUGCUCAGACCUGGCUGUCUCCUUCCACUAUGUAGAUGCUGAGCUGAUGUACAUGCUGGAGUAUUACACCUACCACCUGCGAGCGUAUGGCUACCAGUACCGCUACCAGCCCAGCCUGCCUGAGGGAGUGGAGCCAGACUCCGCCAGGACAGAGCACUCCCCGCUGGGCGCAGAGAGGGACGCCCCGGGGAACGGCACCUCCAAACUGUGAACACGCUGCACACUCUACAGCUGCAGAGAUGCUGUACCGGACCUGUCCCAUGAGAAGCACUGAUGAAGAUGAAGAGUGAAGACCGUGAAGCUGCACUACCAGGGUUACGCUGCAGGGGCAGUAUUACUAAACCAAGUAGCUCUACCCUAUUGAGUGUCUGUUCACACGUGUUUGUUUUUCCAAAUAAACCCAGACUUAAACUGUGAAAAAAAAAAAAAUAACGCUUCACUUGGAAACUAACUAGCUUUGCUAGUUGACGUCCAUAUUUUUCUGAACUCAUGUUGCUUACAAUACGUUUCAAACCCAGCUGCCUAAGCGAAGCCUCCUCUUUCAAUCAAAACUGAAAGGGAGUGUGUUUAGAAGCAUUGGUUUACAAUACGCUUUCAUGAAGAGAAACAUUUCAAAAUCAAGUGGCCCAAACCACCCAAGUUUAAAUGGACAAAUGCAAGCAGAUCAUUCUCAUGAAAAUGGUUAUUAUUAUUUUUUUAUUUUUUAGUGGUGCAAAUCAAAACGUUCUGAAGAAUGUGAUUGUUAAUUAGUUUACAAAGUGUAUUGUACAGUAAUCUCAUCCUUGCAGUAUUAGUCUCCUACAGCCAGACUGUGCCUAUAUUCACACUGUAAACCCAGCUGCCUCAUUGCCUUGUUGGGUGUUUAUGGUGAAAUGUAUUGCAAUGAAGGGCAAUUAAGGGGCUUCUAAUUUGAACACAAGAGAGUGAGACUUUAAUUCACUUAUUCUAGCUUGAAAUUGAACUGAAUGCUUCAAGGUACUUUGGGCAUCUCUCUGUUACUGUUUGAUGGUUGAUUAAAGAUGUGUCAAGUUUCUGA